AUGCUAGCUCUGCGGCGAUGGCUGGUGGUCGUUGUGACAUUGACCGGUCUGGGAAUGUGGAUGGCCCAGACGAGCAGCGGGACUGUUGCGACGUCCCUGGCCUCCUUUCGCAUACAAGCGGCGGCAGCUUUCAGCGCCGUGACAGAGACCGGCAAUGAGACUCUGCAAGAGACUCCCAUAGCAGGCGCAGAAUCCCUGGUUUCAGUUGUGGAAGAGCCCCAAAGACCAGAUUUUGAUGACGAGGACUUCUCCGAAGAGGAUCUGCUGGAGCUUCCCCUGCAGAGCAUCUGGACGAAGAUCGCCUCCUCUCGGGGCCUUGCGACCGUGGCCAGAGCUGUGUGCCAGUCGCUGGGCAACAGGACCCUGCCGUCCUUGUUCGAGGACCUCUCCGGCAGGAAUGGCAGUCUGCAGGAGGCCACAGAUCGGGCCUGUGGGUUUCCCUGCCGCCAGUCAUCUGGGGUAUGGGAGGCGGUGGAGAGCUUUUCCCUGAAGGAAAGAGUCUGGCUCGGGUUCAUGGUGGUGCAGAUGCGCAAUGGCAGCAUUCUCCCGGGCAAUGGCACCUGUCGGCCUGAUCAGCCUUCGCCCAGGGUGCUGACGCAUCUCCAAGGAGCCCGGGGCCAGGGCCUGGGCAACUUGCUGCAGGGUCUGCACUCCGCGCUCCACAUUGCGAUGAUCUCUGGCAGGGCCUUCCGGAUGAAGUGGCCGAGGCUCGAAGAUGCCGUCCGGCCGCGGUUCCUGAACUGGAAAGAUCCGGUGGGAGCCGGUUGCAAGCCGCAGUUGGCGGAGCUUUGGAACUUCGGCCGGUUCCAGGACAACUUUCGGCCGACUCUGACCCUGGCAAAUGGCAGUACGGCCAUGAUGCACUUCACCGGGAACUGGGGCAUGCUGCCGCCGAAGUGGGGCAACCUCUCUGGCAUAGGGCUGCCGGACGUGGCCAUCCGCGAUGCCUUCCCGCAGCGGGGGCAGGCGCCAGGCUGUCUACUCCACUUUGCCCUGGGCGCAAAGGAGUCCCUGCUGAAGGACGUGGACAAGGCACUGGGCCACCAGCCGCCCGGCCAGAUCGCCCUUCAGCUCCGCACGGGAGAUGCGGUGAAGAACUCCAUCUCGGGCGAUGGCAGAGACAAGCGCCAAGUGAUCGUGAACAAGGUCUGGGGUUUGGAUAACCCGAAGAGGGCUGCGACGGUGAUGGCCGAGUGCUUUAGGCAGCUGUGCGGCCACCUCUUCGCCCAACCCGGCUUGGCGGGUAAGUUGACCGGCCCGAAGUGCGUCGGGCUCUUCGAGACGGAUAACUUCGAUGCCAGGCACACCAUACAGGCCUUGGGGCCCCAGAACGGUGCCACGGUCCUUCGGGCAUCUGGUAUCGAUCCACGGCACAGCGUGCAGGAUUCCGCCACCUCCAUCACCUUAGCUUCCAUGAUCGCCAUGGCAUCGCACGAGGUGCUCCUGAAAACGGCGGGUUCUAUCGGAGAGAUCGCGAGGCAGCUGGGCUCCGGGAUCCGACCUGGUGGUCGCUGGUUCCUCUUCGAGACUUUCCUGAAAGAGCGGGCUCUGCGGAACCAGUCCGAAGACAACGUGGCCAGGCUUUGCGACCCGGCCUUCCACCCAGCCGGAUGA